GUGACGCCCCGGACAAUAGUGAACAGACGAAUGUACCACCGCCGCCGACGUCUCACUGUCGCAGACGGGUGUACGGGCCGUUCGGCGUGUGGGGGAUCGCCUCCAUCAUUGUCGGGCAAACGACUAUUUCGCUAGCCCGGCUGUGUCCGCACCCUACCGAGGCCCCUGUACUCGGAGUCGGAGUGUAUACGAAUUUUUCCGUCAACUUUUACCUGAAUUAUUUUGCUCGAUGYUGAUUCGUCGACUUUGCUCACCAGUAAAGUUGCUACUAUCGACUAACUAAGCCCGUGAACAUAAUAAAAUGAAGUAGGUAAUAAACUAAUAACUAAUAUGUUUUGUAUGAUUCACUACARUUAUAUAAAGUAUUAAGUAGUAUAUUACAAUUUUGGACCGCUAUCCGUCUUUUGAAUGUUCCUUUUAAAAUUUUUAAGUGUUAACUGUUACAAGUCUAAAAAAGUUAAAUAACAAUACCUACCAUCAACAUUAUUCUUUAUAUGAGAAAAAAUGACAAGACUAUAAUUGUGUUCCUAAAAUGAAUGUAGACAAAUUAAAUUAUCAAUGUUCUUACAUAAAAUGUGUUCUGGAAAGUCUCUUCUUAUCUGUGAUAUAUGUUUCCAGCUUAUAUGUAUGGAAUUCACAACAUUCUAGAGAUCAUCCAUCAACUAUAAAGAAAAGAUUCCUUAGUGUAUCAUUCAUGCUAAUAUUUUCACCUUUAUAUACGUGGUAUUUUAUUAGUGACAAAACUAAAGUACCUAUUUGGUAUUGGCUGGGUUUAAAAUGGGAUGGAAUAUUUAUGUCUGCUGCUUCUUCACUCUUCUUAACAUUUAUAUUAUUCCUGGGUCCAAUAUGCUUAAUUUGUUGUAAAAACAUUCAAUUAAAARCCAUCAUCAGUAUUGAAAACAUAAAAUCAAAGUUAACUGAUUUGAUUUGGCUUAGAAAUUAUGUGGUGGCACCCAUAUCUGAAGAAUUUACCUUUAGAGCUUGCAUUAUACCUCUAUUACUUCAAUGUUUCAAGCCAACGACCACCAUUUUCAUCUGUCCCAUAUUUUUUGGAGCAGCUCAUUUUAAUCAGUGGAUAGAAAGGAUGCGAGCAGGUGUACCAUGUGUAGAUGCUUUUAUUAUGUCAGUGUUUCAGUUCAUGUAUACUACAAUAUUUGGUGCAUAUUCAGCACUGCUAUUCAUCUCCACUGGAAACAUUAUAGGACCAAUCAUGGCUCAUAAAUUUUGCAAUCAUAUGGGAUUUCCUGACUUCCGAGAAAUGUUUCAAUUUCAAGAGCCAAAACGUAGCUGUUUAUUAGUUCUUUCAUUUGUUGGGUUAAUAUUGUGGUGCAUUUUGAUUAUAUAUACUACUGACCCACGGAUAUACUCUAACCAAAUGGAUUUGACUGAGAUAAAUCAAUGUAAUACAAUAAAUUCGAGCAAUAAUUUUGAGCAAAAACAAUUUAUAAAAUUCUCAAAAAUGUAAUAUAAAUGCUUCUGCUUAAAUUGAAGCAAUCAAACACAACAAAAAUGUUAAAUUUAAAAUAAAAGACUGGUUUAUAGAAGUUGUUAAGAUUUUUUAUGUAAGAAACACAAAACAAUAAUUUAUGCUGUUUUCAUAGAAACGCCGUAAAUGAGAAAAAUUUGUUAGUAAGUAGAUAUAUAUAAAUAAAUGUGUUAUGUUGAACACUGAAUAGUGAAUACUUUCUAAAUAUUUUUCAGUAUUCAGAAAUAUACUUGUAUAAUAUUGUUAAAAAAUUUAACAAAUAAGAACAUAUUAUGAAUUACUGCAAAUUUGAUUAGAAAUAACAUUGUUUACUAAAUUAUACAUCAUAAUGGUAACAAAAUAAUU